CGCGUGGACGUUUGUGUACAUCUAUGGCUGCUCUGAAUACACGUCUUUAUCCCUACUCCAUGUAAAUUAAAAUGUUCCCAGUUUACAUAAAACAAUGAUAAAAUGUGCUGCUCCAAUUAGCGACACGUAAAGUUCCGGUAAACUGUUUGAUUGCGUUGUACAUUAAAAGGAUUUACAUCUGUUAAUGUAACACGCGAAUGCUACCGGGUAAUAGCUUGCCGAAUUCCAAUGUAUCGUUCACGUCUAAUCGUAUCAUAAUUGUCGUAAAUUGUCCAAAAUCUCUCUUUAAUGUUCACAAUUGCGGCACUUGGCACCAAGUAUUUUUCUUUCGCCUCAAUCUAUUAUUUAACGGCUUUCUGAAGCAACUUUGCUACAAGACAUCGGAGUCCCAGACGACAGGGUGACCUCUCACCAUGACUCUGGAAAGAUACGAAUAACCAAAGCCUGUGAGGAUCACUAUGACGUUGUCUGAGGUUUAUUGGGAUCAUCAAAUACCUCUGCCAAAACUGCCCCCAGUCCAAGCCAAGGUCACAGUUGCCCUGGUGGCCCUCCUGUGCUUCAUUAACAGUUAUGAUGGGGAGUUUGUGUUUGAUGACUCUGAAGCUAUUGUCAACAACAAGGACUUGCGGCCAACAACACCAAUCAACAACAUCUGGACUAAUGACUUCUGGGGAAGCAACUUGAGCAGCAACUCAAGCCACAAAUCUUAUCGGCCUUUAACUGUGCUAACCUUCAGGUUCAACUACCUCAUAGUAGGAGGUCUACACCCGUUUGGCUUUCACUUGUUGAACAUUAUCCUCCAUGCUCUCAUCUCUGCACUCAUGAUUGAUGUGUUUGCUAUUUUGAUUGGUGGACUGGCCUAUGAUGAGAAGGGUGGAAUAAUUAACCGUGCCCCCAAGACGUCUCUGCUCGCUGCCCUUUUUUUUGCUGCACACCCAGUUCACACGGAAAGUGUGGCUGGUAUAGUGGGGCGAGCAGAUCUUUUAUGUGCUCUGUUCUUCCAACUGUCUUUCCUUGCCUACUGCAGAGCUUUUAACAGAGCGAGUCACAGAGGUGAAAAGUUUUCUGUCCAGUGGGUCAUGGUCAGCCUCUUGCUGUGUGCUGCAGCGAUGCUCUGCAAGGAACAAGGCAUCACGGUCUUGGGUGUGAACGCUGCCUUUGAUGUUCUCCUGAUCUGUAAUGUUAAUGUGUAUGUACUCAGCCGGAGGCUACUUCUUAGGAAGAAUCCACCCGAUCUGAGUGAAAUAUUACGUCCAGGGCUGCUCAUACGAUUGGCUCUCAUGGGUUUUGGAGGACUCUCAAUGCUUUAUGCACGUUGGAGGAUCAUGGGAACGGGACCACCGGCAUUCACUGAAGUGGACAACCCAGCUUCUUUUGCAGAAAAUGUAUUUCUCAGAGUAAUGAACUAUAAUUACUACUACUCGCUGAAUGCCUGGCUGCUGCUGUGUCCCUGGUGGCUGUGCUUUGAUUGGUCCAUGGGAUGCGUGCCGCUCAUUAAGAGCACCACUGAUUGGAGGAUAUUGUGGCUUCUGCUGCUCUGGUGCGUCCUGAUAGGCUUGGUAAACCAAGCCUUAUGCUCGCAGGACAGUCAGAGAAGGAGGACUCUGACUCUGGGACUGGUGCUGCUUGUAGUGCCCUUUCUGCCAGCCUGUAACAUUUUUUUCAGAGUGGGCUUUGUCAUCGCUGAGAGAGUGCUGUACCUCUCCUCAGCUGGCUACUGCUUACUGUUGGCCUACUCUGUUGGACACUGCUGCUGUCGCUGGACCAAAUAUAGGAAGCAGCUCUGUGUGUUGGUGCUUGCACUGUUGUGUGCCUAUGUUGCUCGCUGUGCUCUGCGCAGUCACCAGUGGCGGUCGGAGCAAAGCCUCUUCUCCAGCGCCCUCUCUGUCUGUCCGCUCAAUGCCAAGGUGCAUUACAAUGUCGGCAAGAACCUGGCUGACAGAGGGAAUCCAGAUGAUGCUAUUGGAUAUUACAGAGAGGCAGUCAGGCUACAUCCCACUUACGUCCAUGCCAUGAACAACCUGGGGAAUAUUCUGAAAGAGAGAAAUGAGCUGAUCAAAGCAGAGGAACUUUUGUCGAAAGCUGUUUCUAUUCAAGCUGAUUUUGCUGCUGCAUGGAUGAAUUUAGGAAUAGUUCAAAACAGUCUAAGGAAAUUUGAGGAAGCAGAAAAGAGCUACAGGAACGCCAUUCGAUUCCGAAAAAAGUACCCCGACUGUUACUAUAACUUGGGGCGUUUGUAUGCGGACCAGAACAGACACAUUGAUGCCCUCAACGCAUGGAGAAAUGCAACGGUACUUAAACCUGACCAUAGCCUGGCUUGGAACAAUAUGGUCAUUAUGCUGGACAACACUGGUAAUAAAAAAAUCUGUUUAUCUAAUAUAUAUGUAUAUAUAAACCAAACAGCUGCAAUUUUUAACAAUUGUUAUCAAUCUCUCAAUCUCAAAUAUCUAUAUCAAAUAUAUGUAUAUGUAUAUACACUGUAUAUAUGUAUAUCUAUAUGUAGCUGUUUACAGCUACAUGUUUGUAGCUGUAGUUUGUUUCUACAGCUAAUACUUGCCACCCAAAUAUAAAAAAACUCCUUAUUUCUAGUAUAUCUACUUAGUAAAUAUUCCUUUCUUUCUCGAAUUACCCUCCUUUUUGAAUAACUUUGGCAACUACCUGAUUGUCUAUAGCCAAAGCCUAAGGUGUUGUUGUAAAAAAAAAUAGCUUGAAAUUUGCCAUGUUUUUUAGAGUGAGGCCAGGUGUAGUGAUGUUGACAAAAUACAGCAAAAAAUCAAAUAGCUGUUGAGAGAUUGAUAACAAUUGUUAAUAAUUGCAGCUGUUUGGCUUUAAAAUAACACAGGCUCUGUGAAUGAUAUCACUGACUACUUCAAAGAAACACUUGACUUUACAGCAACAGUUCUUAACUGUUUCUUCUCUUGUAGCCUAUGUGCAGCUAUAUGCAAUGUAAAAUUUAGGUUUUUGUGCAAGUCACUUUGUGACUAAAACCUUGGUGCAUCUUGGGUCUGCAUGAACAGACCAUAAAGACACCGCUAAUAUUUUUGGAAAAGCAGGAAAUCUAAAUGGCCAACAAGAUUAGACCGGAAGAGCAGGAAUCAGCAAUGCCUGAAAUUUAUGUAUUAAAAGCUUUGUGCUGUGAGUUUGAAGCCACUCUUCCCUGCCGUGUGGAGAAUGCUCUGAUUUCAAAACACUUCAGCCGUUUUGUCAGAAGCUGAUCCCAUGGGGGUGGGGCCUCCCCGCAGGGCAUCGCAACUAUCCAAUCAGUGUUAAGUACUGUCCUGAUCUAUUUAUCUAUAUAUCUAUAUCUAUACACAUCGAUGUAUAUAUAUAGAUAAAUAUAUAUAGAUCUAAAUAUUGAUAAAUAUAUAAAUAUUUAGAUA